GAAGAGAUUUUAUGACGUUAAAGUCAUUCUUGGAAAAAAUAUGACAUUUUACAUCUUUUUACAAUUUGGUGUGAAUUGUGCAAACAGAAUUAUAAUAUACCUAUACUUACUUAUGGAAAAUAUUCUGGUUUCAAAAAUAUAGAUCUCGUAAUUUGACUAUAAUGUUACGUAUGGUUGCGCGAAAUAUGUGUUCACUUGUUAGGAAAAUGAAAACACCUAUGUCUGUGUACGGCAUAGAAGGUAACUAUGUAACAGCACUAUAUAGCGCGGCGCUGCAGAAGAACCAACUGGAAGACGUCGAGAAACACUUGCGCAAGUUGCUGGACGAACUCAACCGAGACAAGAUGUUGGACUUCAUUGAAACGAGGUUUAUACCCACCAUUACCAAGGCCAGGCUGCUCAAGGAAUCGGCGGAGCAAGCUGGCAUGCCAGAAACUGCGGUGAACUUUUUAAAAGUAGUAGCAGAAAACAAUCGCUUGCGACUCCUGAAGCGUAUCAUCCUGAUGUUCCUGGACAUGAUGACGGCGCACAGGAACGAGUCUAUAUGCGAGGUGACGACAGCAGAACCGCUCGAUGAAGUAUCACGGCAGAAACUGGUCGAAGCAAUACAAAAACACGUGAAACAAGGCAAGAAAAUAGUACUCACUGAGAAGGUUGAUGAGGAAAUAAUAGGGGGAAUGAUUGUGGGCAUCGAAGACAUGCUUAUUGAUAUUAGUACUCGACGUAAAAUAAUUAUGUACGCGAAUUUAAUUCGACACCCCGUGUAGAAAGGUUUGUAUUUCCAUUCUGUUGACUUAUUUUAAGUAGCUUUGCGAGGCUCUAUUCUCUGUGGCUCUCGUUUGCCCACAUUGGUGGAAUGUGAUUUUGAAUAGCCACUAUUAACCAGUUAAAACUAAAUGUAAUGGAAUUUGCAAAAUUAGCUGACAUAAAAACUCAUUUAAGUAGUCAAGCAAUUUUGGAAUAUAAAAGAUUUUACCGACCUGCUGAAAUAUGGUAAUUUUACUAAAAUAAAAUUGCAAAAACAGCAUAUGUAACAAAUAUUGUAUAAAGAUUUCACAGAUUUCAUACAAGGAAAAGAUAUGAAAUAACUUCAUUGUUAUACUAUAAAGGAGCUAAGGAGAGUGAUUGUUUUCUUAGAUCACUAAAAGUUUGCCUUAUUAAUUAAAAUAAACAUUUUACACAAA